AAAGUCGAGUUAAACAAGGAGAAAACGUCAUUUGAUUUAACAACAGGAAGUAUGGCGGAAUUAAACACAACAGCCCACGUUUCGGGAUAUGUUCUGGCGUCGUUAAUGUUCCACCAUUUCAACCGUAAUUCUGAUGUUGAAGGGUUUCUUCUUGGGGGAAUUAAAACUGAAGCAAAAAACAGCAUCACAGAUUCCCAGAUGGAUGGAGUUCAGGUUGAGUACACCAUAGACAUACAAAAACACAUUCCAUGUAGUACAGUUCACAGCUUUUAUAACUAUGUUGAAAUCAAUAAGGAAGUGCUGAAGAAAUUACUAUCCUGUCAUAAAGAGCAGAAUGUGAUUGGCUGGUACAGACAGAGGCGGAAUACAGAGCAGGUCAUGACCUUCCGAGAACGUCUGAUUCAUCAGAACCUACAAAAGUGCCUCUCCAAUCAGGAGCUGGUCUUCUUAUUGAUGACUUCCAGUGCCAUCACUGAGAGCAGCUCCACCCACAGCCUGGAAUAUGCAAUGUACAAACUUCAGGGAAGCUGUUUCCAUAAAGUCCCAGUUCUGGUGACCAACUUGGGGAUAGUAGACCAACAGGAUUACCACGCGUCUUCUAUAGCUUGUUCUUCUGUAGGUUACACACGGGUAGUAAAAAAGCUCAGCUCUAAAUACUUUAAUACAGAUGGAUCCUUGAAGGAGGUCUGUAGAAUAAAUGAAAUGAGUUCAGCACUGCAGGAGGAACUAAAGGAGACCUGCGGGAAGGUGGAGGAGAGUGAGCGAUCACUAGAGAAGCUUCUGGAUGAGGUAAACAAGCUGAGGAAGACAGUAAAGGAAAAAAAGAAGCUGUGCAUGCAAACGUUUGAGAAGAAAUGCAAAAAACCAAAAACUGAUGAGAAUGUCCUCCUGUGCCAAGCCCUGCAGAAAUUAUUCCCUGAAACAAAGACACUUCAAACUCAAACCAUUUCACUUGAGGGAACCCCCUUACCUGCCUACACCUGCAGUGCAGAUCACGGAAUUGACAUUUCAGAGGUACUGCCUCUGCUACUCGCUGACAAGAAGGAGAAUUGUGAGAGUGACACUGAAAGGCAACUGGAUCAAAGCGGAUCAGAGACUGAGGAGGACCUGCUGGAUCCCCUGAAAAUACAGAUGGCUGUCUCACAUUCCCCAACCUUCUAAGGUUCUGCUGGAAAGAGAUAAUAUGGGUGCUAUUCGCAAAUAAAUUAUUCUCGUGAGUUAUUUAAAUCAUGCUUUAUAUCAAAAACUAAAAACAAACUUAGAAAAAACAUUGUUUAAAGCUGAAAAAGACCUGUUAUAUGUGGCCAGGCACAUUUUCUUUUUAUGACCGCUCAUACAAUCAUCACUGUGUCGUCCAUUACUAAAAUCAAACAUGCACAUUUUUACAAAGCAACCUGAAACUUGGUAGAAAGUCAGAAAGAACCAAACUUCAGAUCCCUAUUGAAUAGUAGUUGGAUCACAAGUUUCUAAAUUGCACAAAUUUA